AUGACCACGACCACGACCACGACCGCGCCUGAGCCUGCGCCUGCGGCUUCGGCUGCUCCUUCUGCUGCUGCUGCUGCUACUGCCGCUGCCGCCGCCCUAACCGCCGCCGCCUAUGCAGCCUCGCUGCCGCCGCCGCCACCUCGCGCGCUGCCCGCGCCCCCCCCACCAGCUCGCGACCCGUCGCAGGGCGCUCGCAGGAUCAUUCCCUGCGAGCGCUGCGUCGACGCGCUUAUAGUGAACAGUUCGGUGCCUGUGUGCGUUAAUCGUGUUAGUAGGCGGGGAAGGCGCUGCUGGCGUUGCGCCUAA